GUAUUUUUGGGCCAAGGACAUAUAAGUCACCGAUGGGCUUACUAAUAUUUGGCCCAAGCAUCGCCGUUUUGUUAGUUGAGAAACAGAAGUUGAUCGGCAUUCGCGGGAAACGAAAAUUCAUCUCCGAGAUUCCCUUCCUUUCAUCUCAGCUCGAUUUCUAGGGUUCCGAACACCCAAUUUCCGGCGAAGUUUGAUCAGAGUGGCGGUUGAAUCUCGUUUUUUUGAACAAUUUGUCCAUUGCAAAUCCAACAAGUUGCUCAGAGUAUAAUCUGUGCUUUCGUGAUCCAAGCAAGUGCGCUAUCAGGUUCGUAUCGUUAUCUUUUUCUGUCGGGAGUCCUUCAUUUGAUGGAUGAGAUCCCUACCAAUGGCUUCCAUUUUCAGCUAAGCUUCAGUGAUCAGAAUGCUCAGAUAACGGAGUAAUCACUUAUGUGAAUGCUUCACUGCUGUUCUGGAAUUGAAGUACGUGAGCUUAGGGGUUCCUUCGCUGGUUUCAGGGUAGGCGAGACCGAUUGAAAGCGAACAAAGGAAGGAGGGAACCGUGUAAUGGAGUCCCAGACCCAGAAUACCUCAUUGCACCGUCUUCAGCAUGUGGAAAAGACCGUUGUCAAGGUUUUGGAGCUCGCCGGAGGAGUUAUGGAUGAACUGGCGAAUCCCAUGGGGCCCAGAAAGGAAUUCAUCAAUAACCAUUGCCGUGAGUUCAUGCAAAUGAUCAAGGACAUCCAGUUCACUUUGCGGAAUGAAAUCAAAAGUACGUGCGAGUACCGUCCUUUUGAGAAGUGUGACUACAGCUCGAGGAUAUCGAAUGAAAUCUGCUUCGACAAGUUGGAGUACCUCUCUUCCCUUUUGGAUGGCUUGGAAGAAUCUAUUGACCGAUAUCAUGCUGCCGAUGAUGCAGCUGCAACCGCUGUUCCCUCUGAUUGAUUGAUGACGGUUACACAUCAUGUCAUCCGUUUGUGAGUUUCUGUUGCAGUCACUUGGAGCAUCGAGCACAUUGCAAAGUCAAAACUUCAGCAUACACUUGAGCCAAGCACGUCGACAAGCCAGAUCUUCUUUUGCUGAAUAGGGCAGGGAUUGAUUACAAAUUUUUUCUAGUUAAAUGUCAGUAGUAGCUCCGUCUCAUGCUUGCUGUUUGAACCCUCAAUUCAGUUUGUAUUAGUCGAUCUUGUUCUCCACAGAAUUGAAAUGAGCUAUUGUUUAUGAGAGAUCACAUUUCCAUUCAUUUCACGUGGUGUUGAUUAUCUUUCUCCCUCAAAAGCCUUCGGAAAAUGUUGAAAACUCGAGCAUUUCUGUACUUCCAAGAAAGUGUUGCAACCGGAUCUAUAUGGACUGGAACCAAUUUGUCUCGUCCAUUAGAGCUGUCAAAGAUAUUUUAACAUUGAUUUAAUAUGAUUUCUUAACGCUCCUCUAUGAUUGUCAUUGCCACAAUGAAGCUUGAGGUUAUCU